AUGAUUCAGAGUUUACUGUUUAUGAGUUUAGGAGUUUUUGCAGCGUCAGUCCUGGGAGUUUCACCCGAGAGUCUGAACUCUGGUCACUUUUCUGGACAGAAGACGCCGGAAAUGGAGAUUUCUAGUCGAGAGUCUCCCAAAAUAUUCUCCGGACGCUCGUUUUCAAAAGUUAGGAAAGUCCCUGAGCCUGAGAAUGGGGGCCUGGUUGUUAAAUGUGAGGAGAAAAACUGGAGGAUUGUGGUGAAACGGCACUACUUUGGACGCGGUGUUGUUUUAUCUCCAGAAUCAGUUGGGCUGGGUGAAGAUGGCGCUCCUGGAGACUGCAGUCCUCUUAAAGACUUCAUUACCUCUACUGAGAUGGUCCUUUCUGCCAGAUUACAAGACUGUGGGAGUGAAUCUCGGGUAAAUGGCAACUGGCUCAUUUAUUCCAAUAAGCUGGUAUUUUCCCCUGGUUCACCUCUAACCUUGGCUGGUGUCCUUGUAUUACAACAUCCACCUGCAGUCGUUCCUAUUGAGUGCCGUUAUCAAAGAAAGUUUAGAGUGAGUGCAGAACCACUGAGCCCCACCUGGCUGCCCAUGACUUCAACCAUUGAAGCAGUAGGAUUACUGCACUUCUCUCUCAGGGUUAUUAAAGGUGAGGUCAGCUCCCUUCAUCAGUCCACUGUAUUCCAGCAGGGAGAGCCAUUGCUCCUGGAAGCAGCAGUGAAUGGUCCUAUGCACCGUCCAUUGCGAAUCUAUGUGGACCGUUGUGUGGCUACUAUUGAUUCUGACCUGUUCUCAAGGCCUAGCUAUGAGUUCAUAUCCAACCAUGGGUGCCUGAUAGACAGCAUGUUGCCGUACUCCUCAUCCAAGUUUUACAGCAGGCCAAAGGAGAAUAUACUCCGGUUCAGUAUACAGGCAUUCUACUUCCCUCAAGAUCAGAGAAAACAGGUUUUCAUCAGUUGCCACUUGAAAGCUGCUCCUGGUUACAGUCUGCCUGACUCCCAAAAGAAAGCGUGCCAUUUUCAUCAGCCUUCAUUUCGUUGGCAUGAAGUCGAGGGGAGCAGCAGUGUGUGUCUUUGUUGUCAAACUGCAGACUGCAAAUCUGAGAUGGCCAUGUCCAGCAAAUAUCUAGCUGAGCAGACCAGAGUGGUUGGCCCCCUUCAGAUUCUGCCCUCAGAUGUUCAUUGGACUGGGAAACUUACUGCAGGGAUACGAGUCUGACCUGAGCCCUUCAUCUGAGGAAUUUCACAUUCUGAUAUUCCCGCUUGGAAAACAAGUUCAAAUCUCAGGACUGCCAGAGAGCCACUGUGCCUUUAACCCUCAACUGCUCAGCUCUGUGCCAUGAAUGUAUUCUGCUUCCCUGUACAUGGCUUUAGAAAAAUGCAUCUGCUGAAAAGAAAUUAAUGUAAAUAUGUGGAGACCAA